GUCUCGAUCUGCUUCCCCGCGUCCCUCUCCGAUCGAGCGAACGACGCCGCCUUCCGCCCUCUAAAAACCGCUUUGGCGCGAGACGAGCGGCAACCGUACGGACGGGCGGUGGAGAGAGAGAGAGAGAGAGAGAGAGAGAGGGAGAAGCGGGAGAUCGAUGGCCGGCGACGAGUGGCGCUGCCGGAAGCACCCGGCCCUGUCCUGCGGCGGCGUGUGCCCAUACUGCCUCCGCGACCGUCUCCUCCGGCUCUGCCCCGAGUGCGCGCACACGCGCCCCUGCCCCUGCGCGUCCUCCUCGUCCCCUUCCUCAUCGUCUUCCGCCGCCUCCGGCAGCGCGGUUGGGAGGGUGUACAGCCUCAUCGAGCGGGAGCGCCGGAUGGGGCGCUCCCGAUCCGUUGCGGCAGGCGGCGGCGGCGUCGUCAGGGACGAGAGGCCCAAGUCGAAGGUGUUUGGGUGGGUGUCGUUCCGGAAGGGGACGUCGGAUAGGGUUGUGGAGGUGGACGACGGGACGGCAUUGGCGCGGUCGAGCUCGGUGUCCGCGACGGCCGUGGAGACGAGGGCGGCGCCGAGGUCGAGAGGGUGGGGGAGGUUCAUCCCGGGAUCGAUCAGGGCGCUGCGCCACCGCAAGUCACGCGCCGGCGAUUGCCGCGAGGGCGUGAGGUGAGAUCGCCCGGUCGGAGCGUGAUCAUCCCGGGUGAUUUUUUUUUUCAGUAGCGUGGAGGAUCUAAUCAUCGCUAUUCGCUCGGUUGGUGCUUUCCGCGCGGUUACGCUGCGUUGAUUAAUUUGCUGAUUGAAUGUGUUGGUUUUGUUUCUUUCCCCCUGUAAUCUGAGCUGAUUUUGGUGUCGUCGCAAGAAGAAAUGGGUGUAAAUAUUUUGAUGUUAGUUCGUUAGAAGUCACGACGGAUGUUCUAAUAAAACAGGGUGUUUGAUCUUCGUAAUCCGAUUAUGCGUUGGCAUCUUUUGGCAUUUCU